AUGCGCACUAAUGAAUCAGAUUGUUGUCAUAUUAACAUCUAUCAUCCGCAUUUAACCGAUUUUGCAGAUCAUUUCGGUCCGGUAUCGAACAUCAAAAUACAGGCCUUGAAACAAUUGCCUGCACCAACAUCUUCUAGAAGCCAAGAUGAUUCGUCAUCAUCUUCUAGCAUGAAUGGAAAGGAAGCUAAGCAUUCGCAAGAGGACGAACAGUCUUCUCCUCUCUAUCCCCACUGUUCCUCGGGUGUGUCGCCGGAUUCUGGAACUGGAAGGAAUUCUUCCUGGAAUGGUUCUUUGAGCUUGACCGAAUACAAAGUGUACAAGAAUGACGGAUUAGCCGAUGCUUCUACGCAAACCAAAGAUAAUGUAAGAAGCAGUAAAACUCGAGAAACUUGUACUAGGGGAGUCUCAACAGAUGAUGGUUCAUUAGACAAUGAGGGUGGCGAAGCCAGUCAAAGUAAGGCCUCGGCAGUGAAGGAGAACUCAGAGGUUCGGAGUGAGUCUGUUUCACCACAACCAACAUCCUCAAGUGCUUCGUCUUCUGGUGGAAAGAAUGAAACUCUGGAAUCAUUGAUCAGAGCUGAUGCUAGCAAGAUGAACAGUUUUAGAAUUCUCAAAGGGGGAGAUGUCAGAAUGCCGGCCGAUGCCAGGCUCAAAGCUACUAAUAUGCUGAUGCAAUUAAUCUCAUGUGGGUCAAUAUCAGUGAAAGACAACAGUUUUGGCCUGACAAAUAAUGUUUGUUUAUCAGAAUGAUCAUAAUUAAUCCUCUCAAUUUAAUUUUUUGUAUGACUUAAACGUUAGAUGCAUUUCAUUCUACACAAGACAAGGACAAAAGAGCAAAUUUCUUAAUAUUGCUUUCAUGCAUUUUGACAAGGCUGCUGUUCAGCCGUGCAGGGUAGAAGUUUUCAAUUUUGUAAUAUAAAUCAAGUGCUUUCCCUGCUUGGAUGAUUUAUUAUGUUAAGUUCAUGAUCUCCGCCCCAUUGAUUUUUCGCCUUGUCCGAUGUGACAUACCUCAUGAGGUGAAGCAAAGUCUUCUGAAAAGCGGAGUCAAUACUAAAUAUUACUUAUGUUUUGGUAUGACACGUCUCAUAUUCUUUCACCUUUCAAGAGAUUGGAGGCUUUUGUCUGCUGAAUUGCCAUAAAAUGUCGCCUCUUUCACACUGACAUUAAAUUGGUAGCCUAAAGUCUUGAUUUGGU